GGAUGUGAAUUGGAAAAAUAUGAUAGAAUUCAAAGUGACAAGUGAUAAUUGCAACAAAAUCUAUUUCAAGACUAGCCAUAAGCAAACAGACUACAGGUCCAUAACCUUGAAAAGAAAUGUUUCCGAUAUUUUAAAAGAAGAGCUGUCUCCUCGGAAUAGCGACCUAUGAAAAAUCACAAAUAAAAAUCUUCUUAUUUUUGUUCUCUAUGUUAUUGGAAGAAAUUAUGCUCAUAUUGUCUAAAGUAGUAAAGAUAUAUGAAAUCAAAUAACUGUCGAUAUUCAUUUUGCUUCUACUGAAAAUUCAUAUAAAAUGAGUUACGCCUGUUUGCGGUACGGACGACGA